AUGUCGUUUGCGUUUGGGUUCAGUGUGGAUGAUGGCGGCGAGGAGGCAUUGGACUCACUUUCUAUGCCUACUACUACCGAUGUAAAGGAGCAUGUUUAUUCAGAGAAGACACGACAACUGUCGAAGGAGGAGCUGUACGCGCAACUGCCUGACAAACUCUCGUAUUCCCCCCUUCAUAUUUCACAUGGUCCACAGCCAAUGGAUCUAGCUCGCCGCGACCUUUUUGAUGUGCGGUUCCAGAUCCUGAAUGAAGAAGGGAAAUUCGCUGAUGCCGACAGCGAUCUUAUACCAGGUGUCUAUGAAGGUGGGCUGAAAACGUGGGAAUGCGCUCUGGACCUCGUAGCAGAGCUUCAAAAGCAAGAACUUGAUACAUCUAAGAAUGUUUCAUGGUAUGCAGGGAAACACAUUGCUGAGCUUGGCUGUGGUACUGCUAUCCCGACAUGCUACCUUUUGCAGUCCUUAUUAGGCACGGUGCCGCCUGCUACAUCGUCGAUACAACGAACUACGCUUAGUCUGUGUGAUUACAACGAGCAAGUGCUGUCAUUGGUACGUUAA